UCUCAGUUCUCGCGAGAACACGCGUGAGUUGAAUUUGAAAACAGGCGGCAGUGUUGCCAGAGGAAAACUGAAGAAAAGAUUUCUGUGAAGGAAAGAUGACCGCCGACAAUGAAAUGGACAUUAAAGACGCGUUUCAGCGCGCGCAGAAGGGCCACAACAACAAGGCGAAGCUGGUGGCGAGCCUGAACAGCCGCUACAACAAGCUCGAGGACAAGACACUUUUCCACGAGGAGUUCGUCCACUACCUGAAGUACGCCAUGAUUGUCUACAAGCGUGAACCCACGGUGGAAAAUGUCAUGGAGUUUGUUGCGAGGUUUGCCACGAGUUUCCAGUCUCCGCCUAAGACUGAGGAGGGGGAGGAGCGGCUGGAGGAUGAAGAGGAGGAGGAGGAGGAGGAGGAGGAGGAGGAAGAAGAAGAAGAUGCUGAGGACGAUCAUCCAUUUUUGAGUUUUCUCUUCAACUUUCUGUUGGAGUCCCACAAAGCCAGUAGCCAUGCGGUGCGUUUCCGCGUGUGCCAGCUGAUCAACAAGCUGCUGGGCAGUAUGGCGGAGAACGCCCAGAUAGACGACGACCUCUUCGAUCGCAUCCACCAAGCCAUGCUGGUCCGCGUCACCGACAAGUUCCCCAAUGUGAGGAUUCAGGCCGCUUUGGCCAUGACGCGUCUGCAACAGCCAAAGGAUCCCGACUGUCCAACCAUCAACGCAUACAUGUUGAUUCUAGAAAACGAUACUAAUGCUGAGGUGCGACGCGCCGUCCUUUCCUGCAUUGCGAUGUCCCCUCGCACCCUCCCCAAAGUACUCAAACGCACCCGGGACAUCAAAGAGAACGUCCGCAAGCUAGCCUACCAGGUUCUGGCUGAGAAAGUUCACAUUAAAGCUUUGACCAUCGCUCAGAGAGUUGGUCUGCUGCAGCAGGGUCUCCACGACACCUCAGAAACGGUGAGGGAGGUGGUUUGUUCUCGUCUGCUGCCGGCCUGGAUGCUUCGGCUGGAUGGUAACGUCACAGAGCUGCUCCACCGGCUGGAUGUAGAGAACUGUGCCCAGACGGCUCUGGACACGCUGCAAGCCAUCUUCAGAGGCAUGCCUACUGAAGAGCUGCUGCAGAGCAGAGCGCAGCUCGACAACAGGAAGCUGGUCCCGGUGGACUCUCUGUCCUGUGAGAAUGUGCUUCACUGGAGAGCUCUGUGUGAGUUCAUCAAGGCUAAAGGAGACGAUGGGGAUGAAUUGCUGGACCAAGUGUUACCAGACGCUGCCACUUAUGGCGACUACCUCUACGGAUAUCUGAAGGCAGUACCUUUGCUGUCAGAGGAGCAGAGGGCCGACUUCAACCAGCUGGAGCUCGUCAUGACCAAGGAGUUCAUCUCCCAGCAGCUCAUCCGUCUCAUCGGAUGUCUGGACACCAACGAGGAGGGCGGCAGGAAGCGCGUGUUGGCUGUCCUGCAUGAGAUGUUGGCUCUUCCACAGACUCCCUCCUCCCUGGUCUCCCUUCUCACUGAGAGACUCCUCACCCUCAUUCCUGACGACCACAGACGCAUUCAGACUGUGGCAGAGAUCAUCUCGGAUAUGAGGGAGCCCAUCAUGGAGGCCAGCCAGCCGCUGGACGAGAACGCGAGCCGCCGGCAGCAGGUCCAGCUGGCGGAGGUGAAGGUGCGCAUCUUGGAGGCCAAGCAAUCCCUGGAGGACUGCAUCGCCGCCCAGGACUUCAGCCGCGCCGCAGAGCUGAAGGACUCCAUCACAGAGCUGGAGAACCGCCGAAACCAGAUCCUCCAGGAAACCGCAGAGAGCAGCCAGCCGGCCGACAAGGAGAUCCGCGCCGAGAAGAAUGACCCAGAGACUCUCCUGAGAUGUCUCAUAAUGUGUGCUGAACUACUGAAGCAGAUGAGCAUCAAGACACGAAUCGGUCCAACCAUAAGUGCCUUAAUGUCCUCUCUGGUCCUGCCCAGUAUAGCGAACGCUCACCCUGCUGUCCGUAACAUGGCCGUGGUUUGUCUGGGAACGUGCACUCUGCACAGCAAGGAGCUCUCCAAAACACACAUGGUCCUGCUGCUGCAGAUCGCCCAGCUGGAUGAGGUGAAGAUCCGUAUCAGUGCUCUGCGGGCCGUCAUCGACCUGCUGCUGCUGUUCGGCUUCCAGCUGCUCUCUGAAACAGCUGCCACUCAGACGGCCCCGCAAUCCCAAUCACCAGACCGGCAAGAGGAGGAUGCUGCAGCGGGCGAGGAGAAGGGAGACGCUCCAGAGGACACGGCACAGAGUAUCCUCGUGAUGCUGUCAGAGUUCCUGGACAGCGAGGUGUCUGACCUGCGCACAGAGACGGCAGAGGGCCUGGCCAAGCUCAUGUACACCGGCCGUAUCUCCAGUGCCAAGAUGCUGUCCCGCCUGGUGCUGCUGUGGUACAACCCCGUCACAGAGGACGACACCCGACUACGCCACUGCCUCGGCGUCUUCUUCCAGCUCUACGCCCGCGAGAGCAGGGUUCACCAGGAGGUGGUGGAGGAGGGCUUCCUGCCGACCGUCCGGACUCUGAUGAACGCCCCGGCCACCUCUCCACUAGCUGAGGUGGAUAUUAACAACGUGGUGGAGCUACUUGUCGAGCUGACCCGUCCAAGUGCUCUCAUUAAGCCCUCAACCAACACAGAGGAGGUGUGUGUCCAUGACUACUUGGCGGUGCGUCUGUGCGGGGAGAUGCUGAAGGACCCCAGCGCCCCGGAGGUGCGUCUCUACGCCAAGACUCUGAGCAACCUGGAGCUCAGCAGAGACGAAACCGUCAGGAAGGACCUGCAGACGCUGCUGCAGCAGCUCGUUCAGGUGGUGAAGGAUCGCGUCUGUCUCCGUGCUCUGGAGAAAAUGGUUCAUCAGCUAGUGGACGCAAGAGAACAGGCCGAGCUCCUCAGCGCCAGCGCUCUGCAACCGCUGGACGUCAACGCAGACGAGGCUUCAACAGACGACCCAUCUAAAUCUGCCAAGAGAGCCAAAAGAGGUCAGAGGAAAGUCUACUCAGCCAAAGCGGGCAGGAGGCCGAGCAGGAGGGCCGAGUCAUCAGAGGAGAGCGAUGGAGAAAAUGUUCCAGAGUCGGUUCCCGUGGUGCGUCCCUCGCGGAGGGCCAAGACUGCAGCUCUGGAGAAGACCAAGCUGGACCUCAACACCCUCAUCAACCAGGAGGCCAACGUGUCCUAGAAGUCUGCUUCUAAACAGCUGAUGCUCAAGUGCUUCAGUCUAAUAUAAUUCACAAAUACUUCAAUAACGUGGAGCUAGUUACUUACUUUUAUCGUCAGUCAGUAAAUAGCAUUGAUCCUACUCUGACUUGGAGCCCUUACAAAGGGGUCCCCUCUUUUAUAUCUUAUAUUUCCUUUUAGUUCAAAGUUUUGUCAUUUUAUACGUCAAUAAAAGCUCGUUCCCAACCUCGUUGGCUCUGUACGUUCA